AUGAAGUUAUAUUACUCUCCCACAUCGCCAUUCGUUCGCAAGGUUGUGAUUGUUGCUCGUGAAGUUGGACUGUUUGAGGAGUUGGAGCUAAUACCUGUGGCUGUUGCUCCAUAUGAAGUGAAUCCAGGUACAAGCAGUGUGCAAGGUGCUGGAAAUCCUUUGGGGAAGAUUCCUACAUUGAUUAUAGAAGACGGAACAGCACUCUUCGAUUCUCGUGUCAUUGUUCAGUAUCUCGCUGCACUCAAACCAGCUAAAGGCAUUAUACCCACUGACAUCAAAGAGCAGUUCCGAGCCAAGAAGCGUGAAGCUAUGGCAGAUGGACUAUGUGACGCUGGCAUACUCGUGCGGUAUGAGGGUGUUCGACCGAUAGAAAAGCAAUGGCCAAAUUGGGUUGAAGGACAAACACGCAAACUCACUGCUGUUUUUGACGCUAUGGAAGCUGAAGUUCCUGACAUGGCGUCGUCUCUGGCAACGAUUGGAGAGAUUGCGUUUGUUUGUGCUUUAGGAUGGUAUGAUUUCAGAAUGGGGCCCGCUUGGAGGGACACGCACCCAAAAUUAGCUGCCUGGUACAAGACUGUUGAAAAUUUGCCAGUCGUCACUGAAACCGCACCAAAAGUAUAA